UCUCCCGCGCUUCGUUUCCCGCUCCCGUCCUUCUGUCUCCUAUAAAACCCCAAAAUCGCAUCUCCCAAAAACCCAAAAAAUGGCCAGAAACCCUCGCGACCGCCUUAGCCCUCUGCCGGAGGAUAUCCUCCACCAUAUCCUCUCCUUCUUGCCUCUGAAAUAUGCAGCCCGAACAAGCAUUUUAUCAAACAGGUGGCGGACGCUUUGGAUAUCCAACCCAAUCCUCGACUUCGGCUCCGAAGCUGGUCUCCCCCGAUCGCCAAAAUCAUCGAUCCCCAUCAUCGAACAAUGUCUCGUUCUCUACAAAGCCAAAACCCUCCAAAAAUUCCACAUCCACUUCUGUCCGGGCCGCAAAUACUCUUCCUUGCUUGACAAGUGGAUUCGUUUUGCUAUUAAGAAAGGCGUCAAAGAACUCCAUCUCGAACUCUAUACAGAUGAAUCUCAAGAAGAUGAAGAUGAAGAUGGCGACGACGAGGACGACGAAAAUGCCUAUGAAUUGCCUUCGUUUUUCUUUCGGUCCCAGUCUGUAUCUGUCUUGAAGCUUCAUUGCUGUGCUUUGAAUCCUCCUUUGAAGAGUUUUACGGGAUUCGAAUCCCUUAAAACUCUACAUCUUGUACAAGUGAGAGUCACGGACGAAAUUAUAUCUCUGUUGGUUUCGAAAUGUCGCUUUCUUGAGGAUUUGUGCAUCUGGGCUUGUCAUCGGUUGGUCGAUCUUAAGGUUUGCGGGGUUGAUUUGAGGCUUAGGAAUUUGUUGGUGUUGGGGUGUCGGGGCUUGAAGGGGAUUGAGAUUUAUGCUCCGAACCUUGCAUUGUUUGAGUACGAUGGGAAGAACUUUCCUAAGCUGGAUUUGAAGAAUGUAGCUUGUUUGCGUGAGGUUAGUCUUUUCUUUCUGGAACCUGGUUUUAGGCCUGUUCAUCAAGAUUGGAGGACAUUCCUUGUUGAUAUUACACAUGUCGAGGUUUUGAAUGUGGGGAGUUGGUUCCUUCAGUUUAUAUUUUUAGGGUAUUACGCCUUUAGAAGUCCACCACUUGUGUUCCAUAAUCUUAAAGAACUGCAUUGUUAUGGCAUGUCACUGUCUCGAUGCACGCUUCUUGCGCUUUUAGCCUUCAUCAGUGGUUGCCCUUCUUUAGUAGAAGUGAGUGUCAAUCUCGACUAUGAUUGUGUGAUACAGCCCUUUGAUCCUUUUGAUGAAUUUGAAGACUAUGAGUGGGACCCACCUUUUGAGGAUGGAUUUGAACUUGAUGAGGAAGAUUAUUGGAGGGUAGAAGGGAAGGAAAAAUUGGAGCAUCUUGAUUAUCAGUUACAUUGCCUAGAGAUGGUCAAAGUGAAUGAGUUUUCAGGUGGUGAGUGUGAAAUGCUGCUGGUGGAAUUUCUAUUAGAGAAGGCAGUUGUUCUCAAGUCAUUACUUCUAAACUCACAAUCAAAGUGCAAUACGAAGAAGCAGUUACUCAAAGAGCAGGUCUCUCUCUUCCCCAAAGCUUCUUCCUGUGGCAAAGUAGAAAUUUCAGAACCUUCCAUGGGCGAUCUUGGCAUGAGACAUCUCAAAAUGUUGAAACAUUUACUGACAUUGUGAAUGUACUCUCCAAGGUUGAGAAAUUGAUUCACAUCAUGCAGUAGUUUACUGACUAGAUCAUGACUGUCAUAUGGGUGGGUGUUAGGAACCAUUUCAGCAUGUCUAUUUUGGCUUUUGGGACGGGUAAUAUCAUAUUCUGGUUCCUAUCAUCUUGAAAUAUUUUGCAACUCUCUGUAUCUAUUUCUUUUAUAACAUAAAUGAAAUGAAAAGUACAGGGACCUUUUUUUGAUUA